CUCAUAGCCCUAAUUGCCUAGAAUAAUUGGGCGGGGUCUUGUUUCCCUCAGCCGUUACCUGAUUGGUACCAGAGAAUGAAUGAAGCUAUGAAGAAGAUCUUGUCACAUUGACUUGAAAGCCACCCGAGAAACUUACAAAUCCACUCCCGUUUUUGCAGAUAAGGGAUUCACAUCUUCAAUCCAUGCUUUAUAAAUUCAAACCUCUCUCAGUUUGAUUAUGUAUUCCACCUCUGUCACUCCAUGGCAGAACUGCUGCUACUGUCCAAUUCCCACCCAGUUUACCUCCCCACACUCUCUUCAUUUCCUUAAGAAACCCAUCCGCCUCACUCUCAGCACCGCCGCCUCCUCCGUCGCCGCCACUCCCAGCUGCUGCACGGAGCGCGGAGAGCAAAGACACCUCCGGAGUUCUGAAGACCCCGGUCGAGAAAACCUGGUGUCUCAUCAAGAUUGCCUCUUUUCCGUGGAUGAGCAAGAUAUUUCCCGCGAAGAAGACAAUAGAGAACCGGAAGAGAGAUUCAGGAACCCCUUGGCCGUUUUGGCAAACAUGUGGUGGGCAGGAGUGAAAGCUGCAUUGGGGCAGAGGAUUAAUGUGGAGGGUGUUGUUUCUUCUCUUGGGAUUUUUGCCAAGGACAAGUAUUUGGUGAUCCCACAUAUUUCGGUGCCGGAUAUAAGGUACAUUGAUUGGGCUGAGCUGAAGAAAAGGGGAUUUGAAGGAGUGGUCUUUGAUAAGGACAACAGCAUCACUGCUCCUUACUCUUUGCGCUUGUGGCCGCCUCUGAGAUCAUCCAUAGACCAAUGCAAAGCUCUGUUCGGCGACAACAUUGCGGUUUUAAGUAACUCUGCUGGACUUAUAGAAUAUGACCCUGGCUUCAGAAAUGCAAGGAUUCUUGAGCGUGCCAUUGGAAUUAAAGUAAUCAGACACAAGGUGAAGAAGCCAGCUGGAACAGCUGAAGAAAUUGAAAGGCUUUUUGGCUGUGAAUCGUCAAAGCUUAUCAUGGUAGGUGAUCGGCCUUUCACAGACAUCGUGUAUGGAAACCGAAACGGUUUCCUAACCGUUUUGACUGAGCCAUUGAGUCUUGCUGAGGAGCCUUUCAUUGUAAAACAGGUGAGGAUCAUUGAGAGGGCCAUUGUGUAUCGGUGGUCGAAGAAAGGAGUUCGGCCCAUCAGUCACAAACUCGUUCCAGAUUGCCAGCAAUGUGUGAAGGACACACCAAUGUAGCUAGACUGCAUGCAGAAGUUUCAUUUAUGGCUAUUGAGGAGAAAACCCAUCUAAUUAGCAUCUGUAACUUUCAUUUUUGUCUCUAUUAUUAUUGGCAAUCUGUAUAUGGGAAAAGCCCGGAAAGGCAUAAGAACAUUUCUUUGGAUUACAAGAAAUAUAUUUGCAAAGCUGCU